AUGAAUCUGGUGCAUAAGGCAGCAGAGAGCUCUCUUGGCCUCUUCUCCCAGUCUUUCAUCGACGCGUACUUGACCCUCAUCACCAGCCACGGCGCCGACAUGACGGCAACCAGCGCUGCGGGCUACACGCCACUGCACUGGGCAGCAUUGUUUGGCUCCCACUGUGUGGCUCACUGGCUGUGCCGCCAGCUCACGGCCGAAGACGUCAACAGAGGGCAGCCGAACCAGCCCAACAGGACACCACUCGCAGAGGCUGCUUAUGGACUUGAUGAUCUCAUCCAACGGGAGCCGCACUCAAGACGGAUUCGCAGUUACAAGAUCACCAUCGGUGUGCUGCUGCGGGCCGGGGCGGUUCCAUGCAUCGCCCGCAUGCCGACAGCCACCCAGAGGCAGCAGCACCGUCAUCGCCAACUGGUCCUGGCCGAGUGUACCACAGUGCUGGGUGAGCUGUCCGGGGCUGUCAUGUGGGCCAUCAACGCCGCCCUCUCUCCCCAACAUGACCACUCGAUGCUUCUCGCCCGUCUGCUGCCCCUCGCCCCCCACCACGACGGCGCCCACCCCUACCCUUCCCCAUCCAACAUGGCAUUCGCCCCACACAUGUCCAUCGCAUGGAAGAUCGGAGCCUUCCUGUACGAGCCUUCCGCUGCUGUGGUCACCAUCGACGAGUACCUCAUUGGCGAGUCGCCGCUCAGGCGCCGUGUGCGUGCGGCCGUCGGCCACUUCGUCGAGUCGGCGGCCACUCAGACAUCCAGCAACAGGGAGGUGGUGGGUGGCAUGGCCAGUGUGGGCGGCGUGAUGGUGACCGUCCCGCCCCUCCAGUGCUUCGCCGUCAGAGAGGGGGCGAGUGUGCGGCGGGUGGGUCUGCGCGAGGUGGUGCACCGUGCCCGGAUGGACGAGGCGGCCCGCCAUGGCGUAGAGGAGGGGGCCAUCAACAAGGGCUUCAACGAGCACCUGGGCGAUCAGGACUGCCAGUUCUCGUGGCAGCAGCUGGGGCGAAUUGACAGGCAGACCGGGCUGUUCGUGUCGCUGGGCAUCGAAUGA